CGGGGGCCUGCCCUCCCGCGGAACUACCGCUCCCGCCGGGCCGCCUCACGCGUCCCGCCCGCUGCGGGCCGGCCGAGCCAGCGGCCGGAGAACUACCACUCCCAGCGCACCUCGCGGCGCGGCCACGGCUACGGGGUGGGAGGAAGGGCAAAAGAGGUUGCUCUCGCCGCCGCGGACACGCACACGCCCCCAUCGGUCUCGCCUGCGUACCGGGGCGUUGACGGCGAGGGCAACCGUGUAGGAGCCUGCGGAGAAUGGAGGAGAAGCCUUCCGCCAGCAUCAAGCCCUACCUAGACAAGCUCACCCUGGGGAUCACACGCAUACUGGAGACUUCUCCAGGAGUUGCUGAGGUGACGUUUGUGGAAAAGGAGCCAGCUGAACGCCACACAAUUGUAUCGUGGGAGCAAAAGAACUCCUGUGUAUUGCCAGAGGAUUUAAAGAACUUUUAUCUGAUGACCGAUGGCUUCCAGAUGACCUGGAGUGUGAAAACUGAUGAUACCCCAAUGCCUCUGGGCUCCAUGGUGAUAAAUAGUGUCUCAAAGCUCUGUCAGCUUGGGGGUUCCUCUAUGUACACUUUGCCUAAUGCACCAACUCUUGCUGACCUGGAAGAUGACACAGACGAGGAAGGUAAUGGAGACAAACCAGAGAAGCCACACUUUGAUUCUCGUAGUCUUAUCUUUGAAUUAGACCCGUGCAAUGGGAAUGGGAAAGUUUGUCUUGUUUAUAAGCACGCUAAGCCAGUUAUCUCCCCAGACACGGAGAUAUGGUUCCUGGACAGAGCUCUCUACUGGCAUUUCCUCACCAAAACCUUCACAGCCUACUACCGCCUGCUCAUUACCCACCUGGGUCUCCCACAGUGGCAAUAUGCCUUCACCAGCUAUGGGGUCAGCCCCCAGGCCAAGCAAUGGUUUAACAUGUAUAAACCCAUAACCAUCAACACAGCUUUACUCUCUGAAGAAACCGAUUCCUUUGUGAACAAGCUGGAUCCCAAUAAGGUAUUUAAAAGCAAGAACAAAACUCCAGUGAUAAAAAAGAAACCACCGGCCCAGCCAGCAGCCUCUCAAAAGAGUCACACAAGCUUGACCUCCUCCAAGACAUCCUCACCAUCUGGGAACUCCUCGAGGAAAUGAGACCCCCAGAUCUGACCCUGGACAGCAUUUGCAAUAAGCUUUGAUGUUCUCUGAUGCUGAGUCUCAGGGGUUCAGACCAAGUUCCUUGUGCAUUAAUAGAUGUGGCCAUGGAAAACACAUUGCAGCGUUUGCAUGAAGUAUAGCCACCAGGUACUUUGACGUGGAAGGGAUGUAGUUCCUGGAAACUGAGAAGGAAAAACUUGAUGUAUUCAUUUUUAUUCCCUUCCACUUCUUGCAGCAUGUAUUUUUCAGAGGGCACGAAGAAGCCCUUGAUCUCACUGCUCUAUAGGGAAGCUCUUGUUUCUGUGCAACUACAGCAGUGAAAUGAAAGUGUAUGAAGGUAUGUCUGUCAUCUCCUUUGAAACAAACCUGUCCUGACCUUGCAUGCUAUGGGAGCAGUCUGGAACCCACUGAACAAAGAAGUACCAUCUGCUUCAGACAGAGUCAAACUCUGUACUUCCCUGCACUCCUUCCAGCUGAGAUUCAUGGUACAAAGCAGCUUUCAUUUCUCUGACUGGCCUACUUGCUUGCUCUACAGUUCGGGCCACCUUUUGGCCUUUGUGCUGUAUCUUUUCAGACAGUGACAUCUGUGUGAUGUCUUUCCCAGCAAGCCUGAAGGCAGCCACAAGCUGCAAGAUCCCUCAUUGCCUCUGCUUGCUCCUCCUGUGGGAACUGCUGGGUCAGUGGUGUCAAGAGUCCUGUUAGCCAGGAGGACCCCUCCGUUUGUCAUGCAUUCAUGCAAGUUGACCAUUCAAACAGCCUUUGUCAGUUUUCUAUUGGGCAGGAUCUGACCAGGGGCCACUGAGAUCCCGCAGCCUUACAAGCCCCUGAUGCUGUUUUCUAAUACAGUAAGUUUUCAGGUUAGAACUGCACUUUAACCCAUUCACCACUGGUUUUCAGUUCCAUCCCAUUGUUUCCAUUCCUUUUUUGUGCCAUUCAGUCUUCCUAGAUGUGCUGGAAUCACAUGGUGACAACCAACACAUUUUGUGCCUAUGCAGGGAAAUCUGUCACCAUCUUCAAAUAAGCAUUGAUUAAACAGCACAAUCUUUUAUUUACAAAAGUCACAUAAUUAAUGUAAGACAAGCCUACCUCACAUGGACAUUGUGAGGCUUUCACGAGUAUUUGUAUAGCCUUCAGAAAGAAGAAGACACCCUGUAAGUGCUUAACACAGUAUUUUAAUAAAGAUUUGAAUAUUUUCCUCCAGAGUUGUUUGGGUAUUUGAAAAUGCUUUUGGGAGCACAUGCACAAGGAUGUAGUCUAAGAGUACGGUGCAAGCUGGUUUUCUUUUUCAUUGCCGUGGAGAAUCUCUCAUUGCGAAUGGAUGGGUUCACGUCUUGUAGCUAAUCCCAUCUUGAGCUACUCUGAAGUUCACAUAGACUAAAAGUCUCUGCUGUGUGACAGCUGUUGCACUCUGUCCUGCACUUACCGUUCAAAGUCUCUGCAGCCAUCAGGCCCAGCUGUGAUGCACUUUGCUAGCUUCCAGCACUGCCCAGGGCCCACCCUCAAGUGCAGUUGCAGCAUUGCCUGGCAGCUACCCUCUGCAACCCUCCAAAUGAGAGAAAGUCCUCUAAUGCUUGUCAGUCCUCUUAAACCAGUGUGCAUCUCAAGCCAGGUGAAAAUCUACUGCAGCUGCUUUAUUAAUACAAGGUCAACUCUAACAAGGAAGCAGAGAUAUCACCCUAUGCCACAGUAAUACAUUAGCAGUCCUUUUAAUGUGAAAUAUGAAGAUCCUUAAAGCCAAUAAAUACCAUUUCCUGGA